AUGAACAGUCCGCUUUCCAGAGAUGUGCAGGUGAGGAGCAUGGAGCAGACAGUGAGAGUGGCAGAGAAGAACAUGGGGGAGCUCUGCUCCCUCCUGGCCUCCUACACCAGGAAGACGGCCAAGCUCAGAGACAAGGCGGACCAGUUGGUGGCCCAGCUCUUCCACUUCUCCAGCACGGAGGAUCCUGAGCUUCAGAUCGGCCUCAAAAUCCUCGCCGAAGAUCUGGCCAUGGUUCAGGAUUAUAGACAGGCUCAGGUAGAGAGGCUGGAGACCAGAGUUGUUGAUCCUCUAAAAGUCUAUGGAGAGGUAAUCAAGAACAAAAGGACUGAUCUAAAGAAAUUCAGCACUGACCUGAACAGAGAGCAGAAGGAGUUACAGAAAGUUGAUAAAAUCCGAAGGAGGAACCCUGCUGAUCGACAAAGCAUUUCCCAGGCGGAGGUCAUUGCACAGAAGGCUUCCACAAACGUCCAGAACAGCAUUAGACAACUGGAGGAGACCAUCACAGAGUUCCAGAAACAAAAACUAGAGGGCAUCAAAAGAAUUUUCACAGACUUUGUCACAGUGGAGAUGCUUUUCCACGCUAAAGCACUGGAAGUCUUCUCACACACAUACAGCAACCUAGAGGCAAUAAACACUCAGAAGGAUUUAGAGUUUUUCACCUCCCGAACGAGGAUGUCUGACUCUCAAGAUGGCCCCCAGGACAGUGUUUUUGGCACCAACUCCCCUCAUUUCAGAAACCAUUACCCCGCAUCUCCUCAGACCCCCUUAAAAACACCAGGCCUAAAUUCAACGAAAGCCUCUGCAGCAGGUCAGAGCCGACGUAAAGAGGAAGAGAAAAGGUCUAUCAGCAAUUUGCAUCAUCAGAGAGGCGUGGAGGAUGAGCUGGAACAGGAGGAAUAUGAUGAAGAGGAGACAGACGCAGAGGAACAGGAGGAGUCUGAGUCAGACAUGGAGAACAGUGGGAACUCCAAACGGCAGUCUUAUGCCUCUCAAUAUGUCCAGAUGCACACAUGA